AUGUACGAUGGCUCCACUACAACAAUACGCACUGCGCACGGCCAAACGGGAGCAAUAGAUGCCACUGUUGGGGUACACCAGGGAUCAGCUCUGAGCCCGUUCCUCUUCCUGCUCACGAUGGAUGUCAUCACAGAAGAACUCGUGGAUGGACCACUGAAGACCAUCCUCUACGCUGAUGACAUCGCCCUGAUAGCGGAGAGCAAGGAAGAACUCCAGGACAAUCUCCAGAAAUGGCAGAAAGUGCUGGCGGAAAAUGGACUCCGGCUGAACGUGAGGAAGACCAAGUUCCUCAGCUCCGAGGAGGGCAUGGAGUCAAUCACCGACGAUUACGGGGAAGGCAUCAAAAAGGUCCAGGACUUCCGAUACCUGGGGAGUGAUCUAGCCGCUGAUGGUAGCGUGGACCAGGCCGUGAAAUCCCGAAUAAACGCUGCAUGGAUGAAGGGGAGGAAGUCCACUGGUAUCCUCUGCGACCGUAGGUGCUCCAGAACUCUCAAAGGAAAGGUGUAUCGGGCAGUGGUAAGGCCCACGAUGCUCUACGGCAGCGAGUGUUGGCCCUUAAGUAAAUCCCAUGAAAUACAGCUCCACUCCGCUGAAAUGAGAAUGCUGAGAUGGGCCUGCGGCUGGACACGACUGGAUCGGAUCAGGAAUGAAGACGUCAGGACGGUCAUGCAAACAGCUCCAGUUCAACUAAAGAUGAGGAAGCAGCGAUUAAUGGUUCGGACAUGUCCUAAGAAGACCACAGAGCCACCCGAUAAGGAAGGCAAUGGAGUUCGAGGCGCAAGGCAAGCGACCACGGGGAGCCCCAAAGAAGAGAUGGCGGGACGUGAUCAAGAAGGACCUCGCCGAAGUCAAGGUGACGGCAGAAGAUGCCGUAAAAAUGAAGUGGAGACAACUAAUAAGAACAGCGGACCCUGCGACGGCGCGGGACUAAAGCUAGGGAGAAGAAGAAGAAGAAGAAGAAAUAAUGUUAAAGGUCACGGCCGACGUACAUACAUACAGGCCACUGGUUUAUCCUUAACAGACGCUGUUGGUAUCAGUCGUAGGAGUGAACAAAAUGCGGAGGAAUGAAUUGUGCGGUGCUGUGGCGCUUUUACCAAGUAUGCCUGGGGAUCGAAUACGCCUAGGUGGCCGGCCAGGCCAGCCUAGUCGCCCCCUCCACCUCUCUGGCCCAUUGCUUUGGCUCUGGUGCAAUAUGGAGUCAAUCUGGUGGUGGCAGCAUAAAAUGCAAAAACGUCAGCGCCACCAAAAUCCGAACCACUAAACCACCCAAGCCGUCCCAGCCCGAAGUCAACAUCGCUAUCCACCACAACAUCCGUCGCUGCCGGCAGCUCAACCGUGGACAGCAUAUAUGAAACUUCCCCCCACUUUUCAACACGUUUCAAUAUGUGGGUUCCUUUUUUGGUUACCGUUCACGUUAUUUUCAAUGCACAGCCCACUGGCGCUUUCUACUGUGCGGACAGUCGACGCCAUGAAUGAAACAAACGUCGCUCAAUUGGUUAAAACGGCAAUUUCUGACAAAAUCAUUUUCAGUCCUUUUUUUGGCAUUCAGAAGGCCAUUUAGCGGAAACGGACCAUAGUUCUAUACUCAGCGCUCAUGCUCCUGCACCAUGCAAAAAACAUUUUCAAAAAGCGUCCCACGCCCUGAAAGACCAUCCUUGUGAGGCCAUCGUGAAGUUCACGGCACAGGAUUGCACCCUUGAGGCAAUCUAGUUUAAGACCGAUUUGAAAAAGAACGGGAGAGAAGAACGCCUCACAAUUACGAGGGAAUUGAGGCCGUAUAUCAAGUUGGUCUUUCCACAGUGAUCUCGAUGAAUACUGAGCCCAUCUGACACUGGUCCCACCAUCGGUUGCUGGGUGAUUUCAAGGAUCCCCGAAGCUACGGUAAGUGGCCCUUGUCCGGGUAAGGUGCGCGCCCUGAGGGGGUCCCGAACUUUAGCAGAGUUGUGGCGACCUUUGAUCGAAUAUCCACAUAUUGUUUUAGACCCAUUUCAUUUCAUUUUCAUUUCAUCUUAGCCUAUAAAAUUUUACCGGAAACCACGUGAGAGUCCAAGAUAUAAAUACGUUAAGCUACAGCAGUGCAAGAAUUCAUGGAAGCAUACUCGUGAAAUUCCACACUUCCCCUUGUUCUGACAAGCCAUAACUCUUAGUUUAGCCGGGAGCUCCUUCUUCGCCCAUCUUAUUCUCACGACAUCUCUGCGCUUCUGAUCAUUUUUCUUUGCUUACUUUUAUUCUUUUUCUCCGAGGCCUGAGAAUGGUCAUACAUUAGAAAACCUCCUUAGCCCUCGCAACACGAAACCGCUUCGUCAUUACCAUGAAACCGUCCUCGUUUUAUGCAAUAGGCAUCAUAGUUGCCUAUGCAUUGGCAAACCUCUGCAGACAAUCAGAUCAAAAUUUACUGAUCAUUGAGAAUGGCUGUGUUAAGAGAGGGACAAUGGAGGAAUACCAAAAAAAACUAAAUGAAUACAGGAGAAAUAUCGGGCAGGAACCCUUUGUGGGGAACUAUAAUAAGUUUCUACCCGAUAUUUUUCCUCUGUACAUUCAAUUUUCUUUUCAAUUUCAAUAAUAUAAUAGAAACCGUCAAGUUCAGAACAACAUUGAAAUCCUUGAUACAUGAAAAAAGAAUGAGUGCUGUCAAUUUUUCUUCGGUUUCUGUGUUUCGUCCUUAGCUGUCACAGAGAGAAUACUAGGUUGCCAUCAAAAAUGACUUUGAGGAUGAAGUUAUUUCUGCUGUACCAGUGCUUAAAUAGAAUAAGAUGCAUCUCAAACAACCUGCUGCUACAAAAGCACAUUCGUCGGCAACCAAAUACAGGGUGCGAAAUAAAUAUGGCAACAAAAGAAUUGGACUUCAGAAACUGCAGUUCUUACUGA